AUGAAUUCACCUAACGAAGCCACUCAUUCACUUUUAAGAGAGACAUUAAAAGUCUCAACAGGAAAAGUCCAUACAUAUAAACGCAUCUUAUUCAAUAAACAUGGAUUAUUUCGUUUUAUAACAAAAAGUAUUUUAUUCUUUGGUGGAUUAGCAAUUUUUGGAAUACUUUCGAUUUUUACAUAUGAAACUAUUAAGUCUCCUAAAUACGAUUCAGUAUUAUAUGAUAGUAAUUAUGUUUGUCAUGAUUCAAAAACAUCAUUCUUUAGUUCAUUAUAUUCAGAUAAUUAUCUCAAAGGAGCAUUAUUAUUAGGAUAUACGAUAAAAAAAAAUCAUCCAAAUCAUAAAAUGUAUUUACAAUAUUUUCCGGGAAGAUUAUCAACCAAUACGAUAUGUCAACUUCGAUCAAUUGGAUGGAUAAUGAAACCGGUAGAAAGAAUUCAUCCACCUUGGAAAGGAUUGUACAAAGGAUAUCGUGAUCAAUACACCAAACUUCGAAUGUGGUCAUUUACCGAAUUUAAAGAUGGAAUUAUUUAUUUAGAUUCGGAUACUAUUGUACUUAAAUAUAUUGCAAAUUUAUUUGAAUUAAUUAAACCAUCGACAGGAUAUGAAUUUGCGGCUUCUCCAGAUUUGAUUUAUGCUCUUGAAACCUAA